AUGUAUGGACUUUUAUUGCCACUAGAAUCAGACAAGAAACAACGUCUCAAUAGUCACAAAUGUACGGUCACACUAUACAACACCAAGCCUUGUCUUCCUCACAUACAAGUUCCGACAGAAGGACGCGAGGAGAUAAGUAUAGGACGUAGCAGCAAGAGUGAUGUUCGGAUAAGCGGAGGCGACGUUAGUGGGUUACAUUGUAAGUUGCAGUUCACAAGAUUAAACACUGCUCAAUUGGUGAUUGCCGUAGUAGACACAAGUUCCAAUGGGACAUAUAUCAAUCAGGAAAAACUACAAAAGGGAAUAGCUAAGAUAAUCCGAAGUGGAGAUACCGUAUCCUUUGCCAAAUCUGGAGGUUCGUAUAUCUUAAGAUAUUCCGAUGCUGAUUAUGAAGAUGACGGUAAUAAUACAAGUGAAAAAAAGUUGGUUCCAAUUAAGAAGCAAAGUUUUUUUGAUUUUUACAUUCUUGGAGGUCAAUUGGGGUCGGGACAUUAUGCUGUAGUUAAAGAAGCCAAGGAUCGUCGUUCUGGAGAUUCAGUUGCUGUUAAAAUCUUUCAUGCUAGUAAAACCAACAAAACCACUUCAAAUGAUCACAAUGCCAAAUUACUUCAAGAAAUGGAAUUAUUAUUGGCGGUUCAACAUCCAAAUAUUGUCAAGUUUAUCAAUCAUUUCCAAGAGCCAAUUUCACCUACCAUGUCGACUAGUUAUCUUGUUUUAGAGAAGGUGAAUGGUGGGGAAUUAUUCCAGAGAAUUGUUUCAAAGGGUAAGCUUCGACAAAAUGAGACAAAAGAGCUAUUCAGACAAUUACUUGGCGGGUUGAAUUAUUUACAUUCAAGAAAUAUCAUUCACAGAGACAUAAAACCAGAGAACAUCUUACUAGAUAUUAAAAGAAGAACUACCCCAGAUCAAAUAGCAAAUGGUCCAUGGGAUGAAGAUGAACUUGAUGUUCAAGUGAAAAUAGCAGAUUUUGGGUUAGCUAAAUUCAUUGGAGAACUUAAAUUUACCAAUACUUUAUGUGGUACUCCUGCUUAUGUUGCACCUGAAAUUCUUAGUGACAAGCGAAAUUAUUCCACAAAAGUUGAUACUUGGCUGAGUGGUGUAUUACUUUAUGUUUGUCUCUGUGGGUUCCCUCCAUUUAGUGAAGAAUUGGGACCUCCAACUAUGAAAGAACAAAUUUUAACUGCAAAAUAUGCAUUUUAUUCUCCAUAUUGGGACGAGAUAGACGAUUUGGUUUUAGACCUUAUUCAAAAUCUUUUAAAGGUUGAUCCUGAUAAAAGAUAUGAUUAUUCACAAGCAUUGAAACAUCCAUGGUUUUUCAAUGAUUAUACUACAGAAUCGGAUAAAGAUGAAGACUAUGAUGAAAUUGACAUGGAUAUAGAAAGACCAAAAAUAGAGAAACAGCCAACUACUUUACAGCAAGAAUAUUCGAUGAUUUGA